AUGGGCUUUAGAGGUCUUCAUCUUCUGUCUUUUCUUCUGCUGUCUCAAGGAAUUCAACUUGCUCAAGGAAGCUGUAGCAGUGGUGAGUUUCAGUGCACCAGUGGACAAUGCAUUGACAUAGCCUGGAGGUGUGAUGGAACUAAAGAUUGCACAGAUGACUCAGAUGAGCUGAACUGUCCACCUCCAUCAUGCACCUCACAGGAAUUUAAGUGUGUGACGAGCGGUGAAUGCAUUUCACUUGGAUUUGUCUGCGAUGGGGAGGAAGACUGCAUCGAUGGCUCAGAUGAACAAAGAACCUGUGGUGGACGAACAUGCAGCUCAGACCAGUUCACAUGCCAGGAGGGCCAGUGUAUCCCCAGCAAAUACAGAUGUGACCAUGUGACGGACUGCAUGGACAACUCUGAUGAGAACAACUGCAACUAUCCACCAUGCACUGAGAAGACGUGUGCUAACGGGGCCUGUUAUAACAACUCCCAGCACUGCAAUGGGCUACAGAACUGCAGAGACGGCUCUGAUGAAUUCAACUGCACCUCUCAGCACUGUCCCAUCCACCAGUAUCAGUGUGCAAAUGGCUACUGUAUUCCACAUUCCUUCGUAUGUGACCACUGGGAUGACUGUGGGGACAACAGUGAUGAACAAGGCUGUGCGUACCAGAGCUGUAGCGGCAAUGAGUUCACAUGUUCCAGUGGUCGUUGUAUCCCUCAGCACUGGGUGUGCGACAAGUUCAAUGACUGUGGGGACUACAGUGAUGAAAAAGGAUGUGAUAGUAACUCUCGAGACUGUUACCCUGGUGAGUGGGGAUGCCCGGGCUCAACAGUGUGUAUACCAGUGGGCAAAGUGUGUGAUGACAAACUCGACUGUCCUGGAGGAACAGAUGAGACCAACUCCACCGCACAGAAAACCUGCAGCCUGGAUCAGUGCUCCACAUUGAGCUGUGAGUACCUCUGCCACCCGUCUCCUGAAGGUGGAGCUUGCUACUGCCCUGAUGGUUUCAUUGUAGCCAAUGACAGUCGUUCCUGUGUAGACUAUAAUGACUGUCAGAUCUGGGGGAUCUGUGACCAGCUGUGUGAAGAUCGUCCCGGGACACACCACUGUAGCUGUGCUGAUGGAUACUUCUUGGAGCAGGGUCAUGUGUGCAAAGCCAAUGUGUCAGCUGGAAUGCCACAGCUCAUUUUCACAAACGGGGGUGAGGUGAUGAUGGCCGAUAUACAUGGACGUUUUGUCAGAACUUUGGUGCCGUCCCAGGGGAAAGGUUACGCUGUUGGGGUAGCCUACAACUGGCACAGUGACACCGUCUUCUGGAGUGAUACAUAUACCAAAAAGGUAUAUUCUGCCAACUAUAAUGGGGAUAACAUUAAGGAGGUUCUGACUGCUGCAGUCCAUAAUGUCCAGAACCUUGCUGUGGACUGGGUCAACUUUAAACUCUAUGUCUUAGAGGCAAUGGUGGAGCGCAUCGACAUGUGCGAAUUCGAUGGAGGGAACCGGGUAACACUGGUAGCUGAAAACCUGCAGUCACCUCAUGGCCUCGCCCUGGACCCGACAAUGGGCUAUAUGUUCUUCACAGACAUGGGGAUUUCCAGUGAGCAAAUGAAGCUCGAGCGUGCCUUCAUGGAUGGCAGUAAUCGCUUCGAGCUGGUGAGGAACAGACUCGGCACUCCAACAGGAAUUACCCUUGAUAUUGUCACUCAGAGGGUCUACUGGUCCGACAGCCACUUUGACACUGUGGAGACUGUCACCUACAACGGUUUGGACAGGAAAAUAGUCCUCAAUGGGGGAACCCAGGCUCCCCAUCCCUUUGGAAUGGCUGUGUUUGAAAACCACGUAUUCUUCACUGACUGGACCAAGAUGGGUGUGGUGAGAGCCAACCGGUUCAACGGCAGCAACCCAGCACUCAUUUAUCGUACCGCAAAGAGACCGGGACAUGUUGUGGUCUCACAUCCUGUCCUGCAACCUGUUGUGAUGAACCCUUGCGGCAGACACAACGGUGGCUGCCAGCACAUUUGUGUCUUGAGUCACCGCUCUGACAAUGAAGGUCUGGGCUUCCGCUGCAAGUGUCGCCAUGGUUACGACCUGCAGCCUGAUCGUCGGACCUGCUUUAAGGUGAAGGACUACUUGUUGAUGGCGACCUCUCUUGGGGUGCGGGGAAUCCCACUGAACUUGUCCCUCCAGGAGGACAUCACCCUGCCCCUCACAGGGCUCGGAACUUCUUUCUCUGGCUCUGCUGUUGAGUUUGACGGCAACGAGGAGGCCAUUUUCUACAACGACAGGUCUAGAGGUCUUGUCUACAAGUCGAACCUCAAUGGCACCGUCCAGCAGAUUUUGACAGGCUACAGAGUGGGAACAGUCGAUGCCAUGGCUUACGACUGGACUUCCAAGGUUUUAUUUUGGACCACAAGCACCUACAAGUCAGUGGCGGCCUUCAGAGUCACAGACAAAUCCAGGCGAGACAUUGUGACUGGAUUGAGAAACCCGAAGGGAAUUGCAGUGCAUCCUAGUGCCGGCUACUUGUUCUGGUCUGACUGGUACCGUCCAGCGGUCAUCAUGAAAGGCUUCACUGAUGGCAGCAAUGCUGUUCCUCUGGUCAACACAACACUGGGGUGGCCAUAUGGGCUUACUGUGGACUAUAUCAUGGACAGGCUUUACUGGGUGGAUUCCCUCUUGGACCAGAUUGGUCACAUUGGCAUUGAAGGCCUUGACAGACAGACGUUUACCAACAUCGGCCAGAUCACUCAGCCGUACUCUUUGACCAUUUAUUCAGACUACUUGUAUGUGUCUGAUACACGGACCAGAGGGAUAUUCGAGAUGAGGAAGAGGGAUGGAGGAGGAAACAUUAUGAUCAGACAAGGAGUUACUGGCAUCAUGAAUGUUAAGGCCUACACAGCUGACCUUCACAGCACCUUCACCAGCCGGUGCAAUAUGGUGCCCAAUGGGCACUGCAGCCACUUCUGUUUCCCGACUCCCUCCUACAGCCGAGUGUGUGGCUGUCCGUAUGGCAUGAAACUUCAAGCCAAUCAGAGGGACUGCAUCAAGGAUGAUUCUGUUAUCCCACCUGACAACAUCUGUGGUGACAAUGCAUUUGAGUGUGAUGAAGGACGUUGUAGGCCCAACUCCUACCGCUGUGAUGGGAUUGCUGAUUGCAUAGAUAAGACAGAUGAGACCAACUGCACAGAUACAGGAGCAACCUGCUCUCCACGAGCGUUCACCUGCAACAACAAGCAUUGCAUCAUGUCCAGCUGGCGUUGUGAUGGCAUGGACGACUGUGGCGACGGUUCGGAUGAAAUAAACUGUCCCACUCGUGUCCCUACCACCUGCGCAGCCAGCUACUUUACCUGCGAUAACAACAGGUGUAUUUCUACAACAUGGUUGUGUGACGGUGACAAUGACUGUGGUGAUGGCUCUGAUGAACACAACUGCAAUUCAACCAUCACCACAUGCCCACCUUCCUACUUCCUGUGUCCUGACCACCGCUGUAUCUACAACUCCUAUGUCUGUGAUGGAGACCAGGACUGUCUUGAUGGAUCUGAUGAGAAGAACUGUGAGUUUUCCUGCGAGUCCUAUGAGUUUGCCUGUGCCAGCGGGGACCAGUGUGUCCAUUCGAGAUAUCAGUGUGACGGAGUGUUUGACUGCAGGGACCAUUCUGAUGAACGAGACUGUCCCACUCGAGGUCCAGGCCUCUGCCACAAUGAUGAAUUCCAGUGCCAGACCGAUGGUUUCUGCAUACCCGACGAGUGGGAGUGUGACGGCCAUCCAGACUGUGAGGAUGGAUCCGAUGAACACAACUCCUGCCCUCCUACCACCUGCAGACCCAACUACUUCCAGUGCGCCAACAAGAUGUGCAUCCCGACAAGUUGGUUGUGUGAUGGCGACAACGACUGCCGGGACAUGAGUGAUGAACAGAACUGCCCCACCCCUCCAUUUACUUGUCCAUCUGGACAGUGGCAGUGCCCCACUGACCAGGUGUGCAUCAGCAUGGACAAGGUGUGCAACGGCCAGAGGGACUGCCCCAAUGGAGCAGAUGAGUCACCUAUCUGCAACCAAGAUGACUGUGCACUGAACAACGGGGGCUGCAGUCAUGGCUGUGUCCAAGGACCUUUUGGGGCUCAGUGCACGUGUCCACCAGGAUUGCAACUCAACGACUCCAAGACCUGUGAGGACAUCAACGAGUGUCUGAUCCCCGGUUUCUGCAGCCAGCAGUGCUACAACGAGAGAGGAAGCUUCAGGUGCUACUGCUCGGAUGGUUACUUCCUAGAGCCUGAUGGACGCACCUGCAAAGCUACAAACCCAGUAGCAGCUGUACUUCUGGUUGCCAAGCGUAGCCAGAUCAUCGCCAACCGGAUCAAGAUGAGACCGCCCCAGAUUGUUCCAGUGAUCAGCGGUUCGAGCAUCGUGACUGUAGACUUUGAUCGCCUGACUUCCAGAAUCUACUGGGCCGAUGCCUCGCAGAAAAAGAUAUGGAGCGCCCACCAGAACGGCACCGACAGACGAGAAGUAUUCUCCACUGGUCUCAUGGUACCAGAGAGCAUAGCUGUGGACUGGGUGGGUCGAAACCUUUAUUGGACCGACUCUGUCAUGGAGAACAUUGAGGUGUCCACUCUAGAUGGUCGCUUCCGCAAAGUCCUCCUCACUAAGAAUGUUACCAGCCCCCGCGGGCUGGUUCUGGAUCCCCGCAACUACACCAACCUGAUGUUCUGGUCAGACUGGGGCCAGAACCCCAGGAUCGAGCGGGCCGACAUGGAUGGAGCCAUGAGACGAGUCAUUGUCAGCACUAAGCUCUACUGGCCCAAUGGCCUGGCCCUGGACUACACCACGCGCAGGGUCUACUUUGCUGAUGCCUACCUCAAGUAUAUUGACUACUGUGACUAUAAUGGCAACAACCGCCAUCAGGUCAUGGCAAGUGACAUGGUUCUCCAGCACCCUCAUGGUAUGACCGUCUUUGAGGACACCAUCUACUGGUCGGAGCGCUACACCAGCAAAGUGAUGAGCACCAACAAGUUUCACGGUGGAAACAUCACCACUCUGAUGAACAAUGUCUACCAACCCAUGGGCAUUGUUAUGGACCAUCCCAUCAAACAACCCACAGCCAUCAACCCGUGCAGAGAACACCUGUGCAGUCAGCUGUGCCUGCUGUCAGGCCUGAGACCCAGGUACUACACCUGCCACUGUCAGUCGGGCUGGAAGCUGGAUGCUGAUAAACGCACCUGUAUCAAAGAUGACACCCCCUUCUUGAUGGUGGUGAGAGAUUCAGUGAUUUUUGGGAUUCCCCUGGACCCCGCUGACCCUUCCAACAACGCAAUGGCCCCUGUGUCCGGCAUCAGCCAAGGGCGGGACAUCGACUUUGAUGACCAGGAGCAGUUUGUCUAUUGGGUGCAGAGUACUGGUUCUAUAUGGCGAGUGAAAACCAGCGGUACCAACAGGUCUGAGUUUGCUCCAGCUGCUUUCAUCGGCUCACCAUCUGGUCUGGCUUUUGAUUGGUUAGGCCGGUCAAUGUUUUACACCAAUCCCACUGUCAAAACCAUAGAGGUUAUUCGUGUGGAUGGAAAUCAACACUAUAGGAAGACGAUCAUCACCUCCACUGGUAAACCGGAGGGAGCAGGAGAACCCAUUGGAAUAGCUCUGGAUCCAGCCCGAGGGAAAUUGUUUUGGACAGACAAAGGGUCUGACAAUGGAGUUCCUCCAAAGGUUGGCAGCGCUGACAUGGACGGAGGCAACCUCAGGAACCUCUACACAGGCAACAACAUGGGGAACAUAGGCUUCAUCACUGCUGACAUCACCGCCAGGAAACUGUACUGGGGUGUGGCGGGCUCAGGGGUGAUCGAAAGUGGCACCAUGGACGGAGUAAGCCGGGUGACGGUGGUCAGCGGUCUGUCCCAUCCGUGGGGGCUGACAAUCUACCAGAACCACCUCUACUACACCGACCUGGACUAUGAGGUCAUUGAGCGGGUGGACAAGGACACCGGUGCCAAUAUGGUGGUGAUGAGGAGUGGCAUGUCCGGCCUGCGUGCUCUCAAAGUGCACGCCAGAGACAACUCUGCAGGGACCACUAAUGCCUGCAGUUCCAACAAUGGUGGCUGCCCACACCUCUGUCUGCCCAAACCAGACAAUCAAAAGACCUGUGCCUGCACAUCAGGAUUUUUCCCCUCUCAAGAUGGCUCCCGCUGUGAACAGUAUGAAUCCUUCGCCAUCGUUACCACCCAAAAGCACAUCCGUGGCUUCCACAUAAACAGCUCAGACCACUCUGAGGCCAUGGUGCCUGUUGGUGGAUCUUCCUACUCCAUUAAGGGCAAGCUGGACCUCCAUAUUGAAUCUGGCUUCAUGUACUGGACUGAUAACGCCACUUCCACCUCGUACAGGGGCAUCUUCCAGGCAAAAACAGAUGGAGGGAGUUAUAGGACUGUCAUUAACUCAGGCGUUGGAAGAGGAGGCAUCCAGGGCCUCGCUGUAGACUGGGUUGCAGGUAACUUAUACUUCAGCAAUGCCUUUGAAAGCGAGACCUUCCUGGAGGUGCUGGCCAUCAACACCACCUACAGAAUGAUUCUCCUCAAGUCCUCCCAGGACCAGCCCCGUGACGUGGCUGUCAGCCCCAAGCUUCGCUACCUCUUCUGGACCGACGGUGGCCAAACGCCCAAGAUUGAGCGAGCUCUGCUGGAUGGCACCAACCGCACAGUGUUGGCAUCAGAGAGCCUGGCAUCACCUCGGGGCCUAACUGUUGAUUACACUAAUGACUUCCUCUACUGGACAGAUGAUGCUCUUGAUAUGAUCUCCCGCAUGGCGGUAGAUGGCACACAGAGGCAGAUUGUCAGGUAUGGGAGCCGAUAUCCAUCUCCGACAGGAAUGGCUAUAUUUGGGAACUACAUGCUGUGGGUGGACAAAAGGCUUGGGAAGCUCUUCCAGGCCAGUAAAGACCCAGCCAAUACCGACCAGCCAGAGGUCAUUCGGGACAGUCUCGAUGAGCUGAUGGACGUCACCGUCUUUGAUUCUCACGUCCAGCCCACAUCUGCCAACCAGGUGGGCUUCAACCCAUGUCAAGAAGACAACGGACGCUGCCAGCAGCUCUGUUUCGCCAUUCCAGGCCAGGAGAAACCUAAAUGUGGUUGUGCACAUGGGUCACUCCUUAGUAACGGAGUAACAUGCGGUUACGGGCAAGAUGAGUAUCUAGUUUUCACCACAGACUACACGAUGAAUAGCCUGAGGUUAGACCCUGCGGAUCACAGCACUCCCUAUCCAACAGUGAACUUGGGCUACAACCUGAUGGCGUUGGAUUAUGACUUCAAGGAGAGGCGAAUUUUCUUCGCUCAGUAUAUGGGGAUCGGUCGAAGCAGGAUUGGGUACAUCACUACAACAUCCAUCACCAGCCCGCCUGUCAUUAUAGCAGCAAAUUUGGAUGAUCCAGAGGGAUUGGCGUAUGAUUGGGUCAACAAGCGUCUGUACUUCACUGAUUACUAUAGGCGUAAUGUCCAGUCCAUUGGGGUGAAUGGGAUGAAUCGCUCCAUCAUCGCGCAUGCAAACCGCCCAAGAGGCAUCAUUGUCGACCCCUGCUAUGGUUACCUCUACUGGACUGACUGGGGCAGCCCAGCUAAGAUUGAAAGGGCCACACUUGGUGGAAACUUCCGGACCACUAUCAUCAACAGCAGCCUGACAACACCCAACGGCCUGUCUCUGGAUUACGAGGAAAGGAUGCUCUACUGGGCUGAUGCCUCAUUAGACAAGAUCGAGCGGGCUACUCUGACUGGUGCGAACCGACAAGUGAUUGUGCAGGGUGUCCUGUACCCGUACGCCUUGACUGUCUUCAAGCAGGACAUUUUCUGGACCGACUGGACUGAGAGAGCCGUCUUUAGGGCUGGAAAGGAUGAUGGCUCUGGUUUUGCAGUGCUGGCUCAAGACCUGCAGUACCGACCAAAUGACAUCCACGUUUAUGCUGCAUCCAAGCAGGAGAGCUGCUCCAGCUCCUGUCAGCAGUUCAACGGAGGCUGCAGUCAUAUCUGUGUUUCCGGUCCAACGGGCCCAGAGUGCCAGUGUCCUCAUCUGGGAAAUUGGUACCUGGCAAACAACGGCAAAGACUGUAUCCAGGACACAGGGAAACGCUGUCAGCCAGAGCAGUUCACCUGUCUCAACGGUAACUGCAUCUCAGCACGCUGGAAGUGUGACGGCUACGAUGACUGCCAUGACAACUCGGACGAGCUGGAGAGAGUGUGUGGUAAGAAAUGAGACUUUGAACCCUGUAUCUACAUAAAGAGAGUCUGUCAUUCCUCCUCCACAGCCUUCCACACCUGCUCAGCUAUAGACUUCACCUGCGACAGCGGGCGCUGCGUGCCGCUCAGCUACACCUGUGACUACACAGACGACUGUGGUGACAACAGUGAUGAACAGGGCUGCCCCUUCCCCACCUGUAACCCCGCCACUGAGUUCAGCUGCGCCAGCGGACGCUGCAUCAGCGCAGCCUUUGUCUGCGAUGGCCACAACGACUGCAGAGACAACGCCACCUCUGAUGAGAUUAACUGCCCCGACAGGACGUGUCCUGCUGGCCAGGUGAAGUGUGACAGCACCAACAUCUGCAUCUACCCUGAAAGUCUGUGUGAUGGCUACAACAACUGCGGAGACAACAGCGAUGAGAAUCCUCUCUUCUGCGCGGAUCGUACCUGUUCUCCGAACCAGUUCCGCUGCGAUGGAGGGAAGUGUAUCCCUCACUCUUGGGUGUGUGAUUCCAUCAGAGACUGCAGUGAUGGGACAGAUGAACCUCCCUCCUGUGAGGAUCAGAUCAAGACAUGCAGCCCCAGCCAGUUCACUUGUACCAAUGGGAACUGCAUCCCCCAGUCAAUGGUGUGUGAUGGCAACAAUGACUGCUGGGACAGCAGUGACGAGGCUCCUGAACUACAGUGUGGACAACGCACCUGCAGUUCCAACCAGUUCACCUGCCCAACCUGGCACCCCGGCCACCCACGCUGUAUACCCUCAAGCUUUGUGUGUGAUGGGGAGAAAGAUUGCGCCAAUGCGGCCGAUGAGCUCCAGAACUGCCCCAAUCGGACCUGCCAUAUGAACGAGUUUGCCUGUUCCAAUGGACUUUGCAUCCUUCUCCCCUAUCACUGUGACCGUGUGAACGACUGCGGGGACGGCAGUGAUGAAUUGGGCUGUACCUACGACACAUGCGGCACCAGCCAGUUCACCUGCGGUAACGGAGCCUGCAUCUCCGCCUCCUUCACCUGCGACGGGGAGAGCGACUGUAUGGACGGCUCAGAUGAGGCGGAGAGCUUGUGCACCACGCCCCAGCCCACCUGUGCUCCCCAGCAGUAUAUGUGCAAGUCAGGCGAGUGCAUCGACAGCAACAAGGUGUGCAACGGACAGAAGGACUGCCAAGACAACAGCGACGAAAAAGGCUGUGGAAUCAAUGAGUGCCGCAACCCUUCGGUCCACAAGUGUGCCCAGAUCUGCACCGACACCCUCACCGGUUACUACUGCUCCUGCAACCCGGGCUACCGACUCAUGCCAGAUGGCAAAGCCUGUGAGGACCUCAACGAGUGUCUCAGCACACCAGCCGUCUGCAGCCAGAUCUGUGAGAACUCUGUCGGCUCUUACCACUGCAAAUGUGCCCCGGGGUACAUCCGCGAAGCAGACGGACGCACCUGUCGUCAGAACAGUGGCAUUGCCCCAUACGUGUUGUAUAGUAACCGCUACUACAUCCGCAAUUUGACCACUGACGGGUCACAGUUGAGUGUAGUCCUGCAGGGACUAUCCAAUGUGAUGGCGUUAGAUUUUGAUCACUAUGAGAGGAGGCUUUAUUGGUUGGAUGCCGGAGCAGGAAAGAUCGAGAGGAUGCGUUUUGACGGGACUGACAGGGAGACACUGGUGGAUGAUGACGUCAGAGGAGCUGAAGGCCUGGCACUGGACUGGGUGGGCAGGAAGUUGUACUGGGUGGAUGGUUAUUACAGCUCAGUUCAUGUGAUGGAGCUGGAUGGGCGCUACCAGAAGAGGCUACUGUCAGGGGACUUCACAGAUGGAAAUACAACUUAUAUUAUCAGUCGACCUCGUGCUGUAGCCGUCAACCCUAAAUAUGGAUGGCUGUACUGGACUGACUGGGGUGACGCAGCAUAUAUUGGCAGAGUUGGCAUGGACGGAAGCAAUGUCAGUGCCAUUAUCACAACCAAGCUGGAGUGGCCUAAUGCUCUGACCAUAGACUACACCACCAACAAGAUCUUCUUUGCUGAUUCCCACCUUAACUUCUUAGACUUUGCAGAUAUGGACGGCCAGAACAGACACCGGGCCAUUGCUGGUACUCUUCCUCAUGUCUUUGCUGUUUCCCUGUUUGAGGACUGGGUUUACUGGACUGACUGGAACACAUACACUGUGGAGAAGGCCCACAAGUACACUGGCGAGCAGCGCACAGUCAUGGGGAACAACACACAUCGGCCCUAUGACAUUCACGUCUACCACCCCUACAGGCAGCCUCGAAGUGACAACCCCUGCUCCUCCCACCACCUGACCUGCAGUCAUCUGUGUCUGAUCGCACCUGGUGGGCAGCAAGCUUCCUGCCAGUGUCCAGAUCACUUCAUCGGCCUCUCUGUGGGCUUUAAGGUCCAGUGUGUCGCUGACUGCUCCAGUACACAGUUCCGCUGUGGGGACAAUGAGAAGUGUGUUCCCAUAUGGUGGAAGUGUGACGGCCAGUCAGAUUGCGGCGACGGCUCAGAUGAACCUCAGACCUGCCCUCCCCGUUACUGCCCCGCCGGCCAGUUCCAGUGUCAAGACGGUAACUGUACCUACCCCGGCUUCCUCUGCGACGGCGACUCAGACUGCCCUGACAGCUCAGACGAGGAUGCCGCUCUCUGCAGUGACCACCGAUGCCAGGAAAACCAGUUCCAGUGCAAAGACAAGAAGUGCAUCCCUGUGUCCUGGCACUGCGAUGGAGUAAAUGACUGUUCAGACGGCAGCGACGAGGACCCAGAGACCUGUGCCCAGAGAACCUGUCGACCGGGACAGUUCCAGUGUGCCAAUGGGCGCUGCCUGCCAUCGAGCUACGUGUGUGACGCACAGGACGACUGUGGAGACGGAUCUGAUGAACCCUAUGAAACCUGCAUGGGUCCGGACUACAAGUGCGACGCUGACACUGAAUUCUCCUGCAAGACAAACUACCGCUGCGUUCCUCAGUGGGCCCGCUGCGACGGCACCAACGACUGCAUCGACAACAGCGACGAGGAAGGCUGUGAGGCGGUGACCUGUGACCCUCUGGGAGAUUUCCGAUGUGACAACCACCGCUGUGUUCCCAUCCGCUGGCAGUGUGAUGGCACCAACGACUGCGGUGACGGCUCAGACGAGAGGAACUGCCAGCCAAGGCCUUGCUCUGAAAGUGAGUAUCGAUGUGACAACGCACAGUGCAUCCCUGGAAACUGGGUGUGUGACCAUGACAACGACUGCGGGGACAACUCAGAUGAACGAGAUUGUGAGUUGCAGACGUGUCGUCCAGGUUUGUUCCAAUGUGACUCGGGUCACUGUAUCCCCGCUGCCCUGCAGUGUGACGGCCGGCCUGAUUGUCAGGACCUGUCAGAUGAGACCAGCUGUCCUACUCGUUACCCAGGAGGCCGAUGGUGCCCUCAGAGCCAGUUCCAGUGUGCGAACCGUCUGUGUGUGAGCCAGGGCUGGGUGUGUGAUGGCACCGACGACUGCGGUGACCGCUCCGACGAACAGCUCAGUUUAUGCUUGAAUAUCACCUGUGAGAUGCCGUCCAGGUUCCGCUGUGCUAACGGCUACUGCAUCUACUCUGGCCUGAUGUGCAACAAGAAGGACGACUGUGGAGACGGCAGCGACGAGGGAGAAGAACUCUGCCGCGAGCCCACGCUGCCGCCCUGCACACUGGAAGAGUUUAAAUGCACCAACGGACACUGUGUGGCUCUGCCAUACGUAUGUGACCACAAUGACAACUGUGGGGACCGCACUGACGAGUUAGGCUGCAAUUUUGGCCACGAUCGCAACUGUGAGGAGAAGCUGUGCGAGCACGAGUGCACCAACCUGAACGGCACCGGCUUCAUCUGUUCCUGCCGACCUGGAUACAGAGUGGACCCAGACAGCACCUACACCUGCCUAGACAUCAAUGAGUGUGAAGUGUACGCCACCUGUCCUCAGGUCUGUAAGAACACCAAGGGCAGCUACGACUGUGAGUGCGCCCCCGGAUACAGGAAAGUGGGCGACGGCAACAUGUGCGAGGCCAUGGGAGCGACUCCCCUUCUGCUUCUGCCAGAGAACAUUCGUAUCCGGAGGUUCAACCUGCAGACAGAGGCCUACCAUGACUUCCUCCAAGAAGAGGAGCAUAUCAUGGCUCUGGAUUAUGACUGGGACCACAACAAUACUGGAUUCAGUAUGGUGUACUUCACUGUGGCCGGUAAGGACUCUCUGCCAGGUGCCAUUAAGAGAGCAUUCAUACCUUCAGUGGAUGAUGGCAGUAACAACAUAGGUGCCGCUGUUGACCUUGGCAUCAAGUACAUCACCAGACCAGACGGCAUCGCUGUGGACUGGGUGGGCAGAAACCUUUACUGGGCAGACUCCAGGGUGAAGAGGUUAGAGGUGGCCAUGUUGGAUGGACGCUACAGGAAGCACCUAGUCAAGACUGAGCUGGGUCACCCAUCUGCUGUGGCCGUCAACCCACGACUGGGGAUGUUGUACUGGGCAGACCGCGGGGAAACAGCCAAGAUUGAGUGUUCUUGGCUGGACGGUCAGGAGAGGAAAGUCCUUGUGGCAGACGGCCUGGGUUGGCCCACUGGCCUGUCAAUCGACUUCACCAACGGUGACAGAAUUUACUGGUCCGACUCCAAGGAAAGCCGCAUCGAGUCCGUUCUGCCUUCAGGAGAGGAACGUAGAACUGCCGUCUACAUAGAUGUGAGAAACCCCUUCAGUGUGAGUGUGUUCGAGGACCAUGUUUACUGGGGCACUCAGGAGAAAGGCGAGGUGUUCAAGCAGGACAAGUUUGGCCGCGGAGCCAAGACCAAGCUGCUGACUGCUGGGCCCUGGCUGACCCAGGUCUCUGUGUACCAGCAGCAGAGAUACAACUCCAUAGCCAUGAAGAAUCCAUGUAAGGGAACCUGCAGCCACCUGUGUUUGCUGCGACCGGGAGGUUACACCUGCGCCUGCCCCGAGGGCACCAGCUUCGUCUCCGGCAGUAACACUGAAUGUGAUGCUGGGUUUGAUCCACCGCCUACCAUGCCACCACCGUGUCAAUGUCAAAAUGGAGGCACCUGCUACUUUGAUGACAACAAGGCUCUCUGCAAAUGUCCUCCAGAAUGGAAAGGAGAUUACUGCCAGACAAACAUAUUCGACGUGGUCGCCUCCUCAAUUGGAAUAGCCAUCGGGGUGACAGUGCUGAUUGUGGUUCUGCUAGUCGCCCUGGUCUAUGCUGCCAGGAAGAAGUCUAACCUGCUGGAGACGCUACGGAAUAACCUGCCCAGUAUGCCCAGUAUGCCCAGUAUGCCCAGUAUGCCCAGUAUGCCAUCAAUGCCCACCCUGGCAAGCUUAAGGAAUGGCUUCACUCAAAAUGCACCGGAGGCAGAAGCCAGUGAAACAAGAGUGAAUUCAGAAGCGGUUCCCUCUAUGUCUGUGUCCAUGGUGGACACGGAGGGAGGAAAGAGUUUUGAGAACCCGGCAUAUGUGGCUGGAGAACAACCCGCCUCCAGCAGCAUGGUGACGGCCACCGCUGCUCCUGGUGGAGCAAACAAGGAGAACAUUGAUAAUCCCAUGUAUACGGAUGAAGUUCAGGUUGUGGAUGAGCCCACAACAUCUGCAAACAAACCUGCAAAUGCCAACAAGGAGGCUUUUGAGAACCCAGCAUAUGGCUCAGAGACAGACGAUGUCGACGUCACUCCUGCACAAGCAGCUGCUCCGAGCGCACAGCAGUUUGAACCCAUUGGGGAGGACAGCUCUGUGUUCUUCAGAAAUCCCACAUACACGGAAAACGCACAAGCCGCUGACUCUGACAUUUGAUGUCACCUCUACACCAGAGAUUGGACUGGAUCACAUUUCAAGACUGAAACCUCAUUAUUGAAAUAACAUCACGGGUCAACAAACUAACAAUGACAGACCUUGAACAAAUCAACCAAGAUAGUUUGUAAAAGAAAAAUAUAUAUUUUGUGUCACAUACAGACUUAACCUUAAUUUAAAUGUAUCUAUUUGUGUAAAACAAAAUCUUAGACAUGAUUUAAUGUAACUAAUA